AUGGAAUACGCACGUGCCCACGUGCAUUUCGGAGCAUCCCAAGAUGAGAUCCUGAAGGUGGCCAUCUUAACCUUCCAGAUGAAUUUCGGGCUGAGCCGGACCGGCGAACUCAACGACGAAACCAUGUUCAAGAUGCUCAUCCCCCGGUGUGGCGUCUCCGACAUCACCGACGGCGUCAAUACCAUGAUACUCCCCAACCGCCGCGGCGCCCUCAUGUCGAAUCAUCAUAAUAAGACGGAAACAAAGUUUCCGUCUUAUUAUGAUUUCUUCAGGGGGAGGCCGAGGUGGCCCUACACCCGCCUCUCCUACACGUACACGGAGGGCUUCCCAGAGCACGCGAAGGCGGACAUGGAGGCGGCCUUCGAGCGGUGGGCCAACGUGUCGGCCUUCAGCUUCUACGAGAACCUGGGGUUCUUCGAGAGCGACAUCGAGGUCGGGUACUUCAGGGGCGCGCACGGGGACGGGGAGCCGUUCGACGGGCCGAGGGGGGUGCUGGCGCACGCGUUCCCGCCGGAUGAUGGGCGGGUCCACUUCGACGCGGAUGAGAACUGGUCGUUUCAGCCGCGGACGAUGGACAUGUAUCACUUUGAGACGGUGGCGACGCAUGAGAUCGGUCAUAUACUUGGGCUGGGUCACAGCACUGAUAGGGACGCUAUCAUGUUUCCGAGUCUUACAAUGGGGCAGUUUAAGGAGUUAGGGGUGGAUGAUAUUGACGCUAUUUCUGUUCUCUACCCUCCUCCCUUUUAA